CAGCCGUGGGCCGCGGCGGGCGGGCAGUGCGGGGCAGGCAGGAGGCGGCGAAGAGUGGUGCUUGUACCUGAGAAAUCAUGUUCAACUUCAGAUGCAUCCAGAAGUUACUACAGUACCUGAAAUUUUUCAUUUAUUUACUUAUUGAGAAUCUCAUCUGUGUAUUUCCUCUAUGCAAAAAAUCUUUUGCUGGUGAAAUAGUUCUUAUUACUGGUUCUGCAAAUGGGAUUGGAAGGCAGAUUGCCUUAAAAUUUGCUCCUUUAGGAGUGACUUUGAUUCUCUGGGACAUCGAUGACAAAGGUAACAAAGAAACAUGCAGAUUAGCCCAAGAAAAAGGAGCUAACCGAGUGUUUGUCUAUCAUUGUGACUGCAGCAGUAGAGAGGAUGUCUAUGAAAAGGCAGACAAGGUUAAAAAAGAAGUUGGGGAUGUUACUAUUCUAAUCAAUAAUGCUGGCAUACUGAUUGGGAAGAAGUUCUGUGACCUUUCAGAUGAAGAUUUUGAAAAGACCUUCAAAACCAACUUCUUCUCUCAAGUCUGGACUUGCAAGGCUUUUCUUCCAGCCAUGAUGGCCCGUAAUCGUGGGCACCUGGUUAGCACAGCCAGUGCAAGCGGAUUGCUGGGACUCUACAGACUGACAGAUUAUGCUGCAACAAAGUAUGCAAUCAUUGGAAUGAUGGAAGGCAUUAGUUCAGAACUGUAUCAUGCAGGAAAAUGUGGCAUUAAAACCACAAUCAUUUGCCCUUAUUUUGUUAACACUAAAUUAAGUAAAGGUUUCCAAAGCGCAAAACCUCUUUUGCUUCCUGUUUUUGAUCCAGAGUAUGUAGCCAGCAAGAUCUUGAAUGCAAUUAAAAAGGAAAAGUUUUAUCUAAUCAUGCCUCCAACUUUACGCUUACUGGGUUUGAAAACUUUCGUUCCUAGAAAAGCAAUACUGUGCUUCGAGUCAUGCAUCAAGUUCCGUGAGAGCAUGGAUAAAGCCUUUGGUCAGAAGGAAAAGGAUUGAAACAAAAAUAUUCUGAAGACUGCAAGUGCCAUCAAAUUGAAUAUUUUCAGUAAAAAAUAAGUUUAAUUCAUGUUUAUUCUUUGACAGACAAUUUACUUCUUGUAUGAUAUUUGACAUUGGUCUACAUGCAAUUUAAUUCUUCAUAACUGUCUUUUAUGUCUUUAUAUUUGGUAAUUUUCCGAGUAACCUUUGAAAAAUCACUGAAAUUUAAAAUUAAAUAGGUAAUAUGUUAAGUGACUAAGCAACAACUUGGCAUGGACUGUAUUGUCUUCAGACUGAAAUUUCAAUGACAUAGCCUGAAAUCUCUCAUUUCAUGAUGGCAUGCUGCUUUUAUCUGAGGUCUCAAUAAAAGUCUGUAAGACCAGGCAGGGAUGUUUGACUCCAUUUCGUAUUCUGAAUUCUCAAUUUCUGAGCAAAAUCUUAAAGCACAGGAAAAACACACUUCUGUCGAAGCAGAAAUCAAAACAAAACCAAACAAACAGACAAAAAAAACCAAAUAAAAAACUACCAAAAGAAACUAAACCACAAAGCAUUUAACACAUUUCCCUUUUAGGGUCAAAAUAACACUGCAAUUAACAUAAAGCCGACAUGAAGAAGGGUUGCUGUGGGAUGAUGGGCUCUGCCUGGUGAGCUGUGCAGGGAGCCUGUGUUCUGAAGAGGAGUGAACUGCAAGGCACGCUGAUAAAGUGUGUGUGGUGCUGUGGCACUUACCACGCUCCUCGUUAGUCACAGCACACUUUGCUAAGCGCUGUUCUGUGGGAUACAUGUGCCUGGGUCUUGAUCCAGGGCUAGAGGCUGAUACCGGAUCAUUUAUCAAAGGCUGUAGUUUAGAAAGAGUGUAUGUACACCUGCAGCAGUAGCAAAGCAUCAUGUGCCCACUCAGAAAGGAAAGAUGAUGAAGCCCCAUAAUCAGAGAAAGUAGACAGGAAAGAAUUCCAUCCUGGAAAUUACUUAUAUGGUGAUUAGUUGUCUCUAUAAAUUUUGUAAAAGGUUCCAACAACAGAAUAGUCAGAGUUUAUAAACAUAUGCUCUGUGGUGAGCAUCUGCUGUAGGCAGCUGAGUAUUGAGCACCGAUGAAGCCCACAGGCAUCUGGCUCCCUUCUCUGGCUCUAGAGGCUCCAAUGCAGCUUUGAAGCACCAUGCUGAGGCCAGAAAGUGGGUUCAAGAUGCUGUGUCCCAGGUUAGGUCCCUGAAGUCAGCAGCUGAAUCUGGACCUGUAAACUCGUCCACACAGUUUUAAUUCCAGUGAUCUUAGUAAAAUUACUUAGAAAAUCGUUGAUUCAAGAGUAUUGUGAGAAUCUGUGCAAGAAAUCUUUGUUUGGUAAUUUUCUGAGUAACUUUUGAAAAACCAUUAAAAUUGAAAUUACAUAGGCAUUACGUUAAGUGACCAAGCGACAACUUUGCAUGGACUGUACUGCUUUCAGAUGAAACUUUAAUGAGGUAGCCUGUGUGUCAGUGUGGAACAUAAUUCUGUUGUAAAUCAUGGGAAAAGGAAUACAGACAAGAGGAAUACCUCAUGUAUUCUUGUAUAAUUAUGGGCUGGCUCUUGAGCAAAAUCUCUUCUUAUGUUUGGAGAGAAGUCCUUCAACUGUCUUCAAAUGAAACUACGACCUAGAGAUAAUAA